AUGGCAGAUGGCGGAGGGAUGAGGGAAUCGGUCAAGGAGAGUGCAAAAGAUAACAGAAUAUAGGUUGGAAAAGUGACAAAAUAGUGGGUGAGGCUAGUGGAUGUCCUUGAGUGGAGACAUAAAAUAAGGUGAUAGUGAAAGAGAGGGUGUGUGAGGAAUAUAGGAUAAUAAUAAAAAAAGAGAUAUAAACAAAGAAAAAGCUGGGUGUGGUGGGUUCGUGAUGUGGCUCUCGCAGCUUUGGCGUGAUCUCUCUCUCUCUCUCUCUCUCCUCGAGGUCCGAAAAUGGAUGAGAAGACACAGCAAGAGCGAGAAGAAGCCCACCGCCUCAAAACCUUAGCAGAGCAGAAAUACAAGUCUUCCAACCUCAAAUCAGCCCUAAAAUACGCCAAGAGAGCUCACCGUCUCUUCCCCAAACUCGAUGGCCUCUCCGAAACCCUCACCGCCUUCAAAAUCCUCCGCGUCGCCGCCACCGCAAGCGCAACACUGGACUGGUACAAGGUCCUCCAGAUCGAGCCUUUCUCUCACAUCAACACCAUCAAGAAACAGUACAAGAGGCUCGCCCUAGCCCUGCAUCCAGACAAGAACCCCUUCGCUGCCUCGGAAGAAGCGUUUAAGCUCGUCGGCAAUGCGUUUUGUGUGUUAUCCGAUAAGUCUCUCGGCAAGACCUAACAUACACAACUCUCA